UCAUGGUGGUGGAGCAGAGCAGCAGGACGGGUGUAGCUGCUGGGCCGAGGCCAGGACAGUCACACAGGACAGAUCCCACUCCUCCAAUAUUGAAGAUGUUCAAUAACUCCAGCUACCCCUUCAACUGCUUCAACUACGAUGGAGACGGAUACCCUUCCUCCAGCACGGACGAGGAGAAGAAACUGUGCAGACCUGCGUACAGCUACAUCGCUCUGAUAGCCAUGGCGAUCCAGCAGACUCCCGAGCAGCGCGUCACUCUGUCGGGGAUCUACGAGUUCAUCAUGAAGCGGUUUCCUUAUUACCGCUCCAACCAGAGAGCCUGGCAGAACUCCAUCAGACACAACCUGUCCCUCAACAGCUGCUUCAUCAAGGUUCCUCGGACAGAGGCCAACGAGAAGGGGAAGGGAAACUUCUGGACCUUUGCCACCGGCUGUGAGUCCAUGCUCGACCUGUUUGAAAACGGCAACUUUCGGCGUCGCCGGCGCAGGAGGAACAUGAAAAUCGGCUUCCGGGAUUCAGCAGAAACCCCGUUCCACCCUCUGGAGAGCCACAGCAAUCAACACAUACCCGCAUCCCGGCGCCCCGAGUCCCCCCUCUGCCCUUUGAACCCCGAGAGGCCGAGGCCGGGCCCCCAGCAGCAGAACCACCUCCUCCCAAACAACACCCAGAAACCAGAAUCAGAGAUCAAAUUCAGCAUUGACUACAUCCUGUCCACUCCAGAUCCUCCUCUCCCCGGGAUCAGAUCCUCCCACGGGCCCCUCCACACAACCGGGCCCCCAGUUCACGUCCUGGAGCCCCAACAUCUGAACCUUCACUUCUGGACUCUGUAAGCAAAGCAGACACUAAACCCAUUCGUUCAUUACGUCCACAACUGGGAAGUAUCACAAGGACAUCCAAAGAGAGGAGAACCCCUACGAGAGGACUUUAAAACUGACUUGAAAAAUAAAGGAGGAACAUUUAGAGGUACAGUAAAGUGGGAGGGAGAGCAACGUCACUUAGAGAAAGCACCAUGCUGUCAUCCAGAGAUAAAAGGUGAAGGGUGAAGCGUUCAUGCUGUCAUUACGCUGUAUGUGCAGUGCUGACAUAGACUAGGUUCCUCUCUAUAUGAUCCGUGAGCAGUAUGAUUAUGUAACAUUCCUUGGAUUAUUUAGAUCACACGUUGAGAUGGUUUUCUCCAUAAAUAAGUAUUUAUUCUGAGUCCUCUGCCGACUGUCAUUAUUUGUCAUUUGUCACGACGUCUUCCAUAUUUUAUGACGCAUAGAAAUACUCACUUUCCACGAAUGAAGUUGCUGAAAGGGGCGGCUGUGGCUGCGAGGGCGUGCGAUCGUCUCUCGACUUUCUUUGUGGGUUCGAUCCCAGCCCGGUCAGUCAACAUGUGGAUGUAUCCUUGGGCAAGAUACUGAACCCUCAGUUGCUCCCGAUGGCCAACGGUGUGUGAGUGUGUGUGACUCGUAGUGUGU